AUGGUUUGUGAUGCGGUUCUGUGUUACGGCGACUGUUGCAGACCAACCAAACGCAGGAAAUCCAAGGUGCAGGAUUCGCUUCGGCAUCGUGGCCUCAAGCACUUCUCCACAUGCGUCUGCCAGAAGGUGCAGGAGAAAGGCGUCACCACAUACAACGAGGUGGCAGAUGAACUUGUGCGUGAGCAGCAGUCGCAGGCCAUGGCUGACGGCGACACGACGAGCGAGCCAAAGAACAUCCGCCGGCGCGUGUACGAUGCCCUGAACGUGCUCAUGGCGCUCAACAUCAUCUCCAAGGAGCGCAAGGAGAUCAAGUGGAUUGGCCUGCCGACCAACAGCGAGCAGGAGUACAAGCAGUAUGAGGAGCUCAAAGCAAAGAAGCUCGAGUCCAUCCGCCGCGCAAACGAGCAGCUCAACGACCUCAUCCUCCAGCAAAUUGCGUUCAAGAAUUUGAUCAAGCGCAACGAGCAGCGGGAGCAGGAGCAGCCCGGCGGUGUUGGCGACGCGUCCAAGGUGCAGCUCCCGUUUAUUGUCGUCAACACAUCCAAGGACGCCGUUGUCGACUGCUUCAUGUCACACGACAGAACGGAGUACCUGUUCAAGUUCAACACGCCGUUUGAGAUCCACGACGACGUUGAUAUCCUGAAGCGCAUGGGCCUUGCCUUUGGCAUUGAGGAGGGCACGUGCACGGACGAGGAGGUGGAGGAAGCGAAGAAGAUGAUCCCGACCGCGCUCGCGCCCUUCCUGGAAGAUAUGGUGAAAAAGGCACGCAUUCGCGCACAGGCCAGGGGCACCGCCGGCAACGGCGCCGACGCAGCAACAGCAAGCGCAACAGGAGCAGGAGCGGCAACAGGCAGUGCAUUGGGUGGCGAUGGGAUGGCAUCCGGUGGGAUGGAUAUGGAGGGGCUGGGCAGCCAGGCGGGACAGUCGCAGUCGCAGUCGCAGGUGAGCAUGACAUCAAGCGCCCCCGGCACCCAGCACGAGGUCGCAGAUGACGACGAUGACGACGACGAUGAUGGUGGCGAUGGGGAUGGCGACUUUGAACCAAAGAGCAGAGCAGCGCGCUCCUUACGGCUCCCUUGAGCCUUUUGCGAACAGAACCCCCCCCUCUUGCUUCACAGCGCUAAAUGCCUCGUAACCCCCCCCCCCCUAUCUCUUGUCCUCCUUGCAGUCAUACGCUCCUCCCUUGUCUCUGUUUCAUUGCCGUUUCCCCUCUCAUUCUUCCUCCUCCUCUUUGUUUCCCUUUGUUUCCCUUUGUUUCCCUUUCUUCUUUGCUGUUCUCGAUGAGCCGUACUUCAACCCCACUUCAUUCCUUGCUAGAUAUCCAUCACAUGUGGCGUGCUUCUUGUUAAGUGGCUUGUGUGUGUCUCCCGAUUGUGUUGGUGUUGUUGUGCGUGUAGUAUUACGACCAUGGUAUAUGUGUACCUUGUUUUGUGUGGUGUGCCGCUGGUUUUCCACUUUCGUUUAACUGGCCUCCCCCUCUCCCUCCUUCUUUGUUGACUUGUUGUGUGUUGUGUGCGUACGCGGUUGUAGCAACGAGUAACUACAGCGCACGCUUGUGCGUCUUCUGUACUGUGCCUCUGGAUUGAGGCUAACUCUGUGUGUGUGUUGGCACUUGGUGGGCAGUGAGUGCUGCGGUUGCUUGUUUGUUGGUUUCAACCUCAUGUGUACUCGCCCCAUGCGUUGUUUGUGCUCGUCUUGCGAUGGCUGUUGUGCGCACUUUACUACACACAACCAACACCUACAGCAGUGAUGAGCAACUAACACUGAAACAAAGAACUGAG